AUGCUUGGGUUACUCGACAUUACUAUAUACCACUGGUUCGACACGGACUACUUCUAUGGCGUGGAACAAGCCGACGUCAAGGCCGAUAGAGCUGUGUUGGAGGAUGCAUACUCCGCCCGACAAGUUGCAUUGAGGUGGGUCACGGAGGGUAACGCUCGUGAAGUGGAUCAGAGUUAUCCUGGCAUUGCCGAAGAUGACUUCAUUAGAUUUCCUCCCUUCUGGUCGCCACAAUCUCAUUUGAGUCAAAAUGCGCAUUAG